CCGAAUGCCGUCAGAUGGAGCAGUCGGUUCACUACCUAGUGCUUCUGAGGCGCUUUUCCUGCCGCCUGUGCAGUGAGCUUUCAGAGGAAGUCGGUGGCAUUUGGGACUCGGCGCUUGUUUCAGGUUUCACAGCGUUACUCUGCUUUCAGCUUUUCAUCAAUUCAAAAGAAAAUGAGAUUUUCUUACUGCGAUAAACUGAUAAACACAAUAUUUUAAAGCGUUAACUGAGGACUGGAGCAACCAGGUACAAAACACAGGGGAAAUGCCGACUUUUUGGCUCGUUAGUGAGGAUGAGAGCCAUAAACCCAUUCAGCUCCUUCACUAUCACACACACACUCUGGGUCGAGGUCCAGAAACUAGGAUUAAAGACCAGAAAUGCUCCAGACAGCAAGUUGAACUGAGAGCGGAUUGUAACCGAGGAUUCGUCACUGUGAAGCAGUUAGGCAGCAAUCCUACAAGCGUGGACGAUGUGGUCGUGGGCAAAGGCAAUCAGGUGACCUUUAAACCCGGGCAGAAGCUCUACAUGGUCAAUCGGCUCUAUCCGUACACGCUGCAGUUCAGGGAAGAAUCGACACCUGGCGGCGCUUCUGAGGAGAAAAGCCGACCGAUGAAGAGACCGCACCAGAGAGACGCUCAUGAAGAGAAAGACGAGGAUAAGGAAAAGAGCUGCAGAGUGUCAGCACCUUCCUGUUCCAACAGCGCAGCUCGGCCAGAGAAAACACACACGCCUGAAAAGGAACCCGCAGCUCACUGGAGUCAAGGGCUCAAAGUCUCAAUGCAGGACCCGAACAUGCAGGUGUACAAAGACGAGAAGGUGGUGGUGAUUAAGGACAAGUACCCGAAGGCGCGGUACCACUGGCUGGUUCUGCCGUGGGACUCCAUCUCCAGCCUGAAGGCUCUGCGGCCCGAGCACAUGGAGCUGCUGAAGCACAUGCAGCGAGUCGGGGAUCGCAUGGUGCAGCAGUGUCCCAGCUCCACCAAGCUGCACUUCCGUCUGGGUUAUCACGCCAUCCCGAGCAUGAGUCACGUUCACCUCCACGUUAUCAGCCAAGACUUUGACUCUCCGUGUCUGAAGAAUAAGAAACACUGGAACUCCUUCACCACAGACUACUUCAUCGAAUCUCAGGAUGUUAUCGCGAUGUUGGAGAGGGACGGGCGAGUGAGCGUGAAGGACGGCACCAGCGAGCUGCUGAAGCUGCCACUGCGCUGCCACGUCUGCCACAAAGAGCAAAGUACGAUCCCGAAGCUGAAGGAACACAUCCGAGUUCACCUGCUGUCCUGAAAUCAGCUUUAAGGCAACAAACUUGAGAAUAAGAACGUAAAAUGUGUUAAAAAUGAGAAAUCCUGCAGUACAGCAUUUAGAAGUUGUUAAGAGUUAAUAAAAGUGUGAGUGAAGUUACAGGUUUAGUUCGAUAGCAGUGUUACAUGUUCUACGUUUGUGAAGACUGAAAUAAAAAGCCACAAUUUCAUAACAAG